GUCGUAUUUGUUUGACUGGCCAAUCAAUAUAUGAUUCCCGUAGAGCGUUUGGUAUUCUUCGUCGUCGCCUUUUAAGAACCCUAGAUCUCUCUCCAUCUCUCUAUCUCCUUGUCAAUCCUCAAUCCCAGAUUCAAAAGAAAGAGCAAUGGAUGACAGCUGUGCCGUCUGCGCCGACAAUCUCGAAUGGGUUGCCUACGGAUCUUGUGGCCACCGAGAAGUCUGCUCCACAUGCGUCGUCCGUCUCCGUUUCGUCCUCUGCGAUCCUCGCUGCUGCAUCUGCAAAACCGAGUCUCCCCUCAUCUUCGUCACCAAGGCGUUGGGUGAUUAUACGAGGACGAUCAACGACUUCUCGACGUUCCCGACGGCGCCGAAGGAAGGCCGAGUAGCGGGAGGGUUCUGGUACCAUGAAGACACUCAGGCCUUCUUUGAUGAUUUGGAUCAGUACAGGAUGAUCAAGGCCAUGUGUAGGCUCUCCUGCAGUGUCUGCGACAAGGCGGAGGAGGAGCAAGGGCCCGGGCCGAGGCAUCGUUUGAGGAUUAAGAGCGUUGAGCAGCUCAAGGGUCAUUUGUAUCAUAAGCACAAAUUGAAUAUGUGUAAUUUAUGUCUUGAAGGGCGUAAGAUAUUCAUAGGGGAGCAGAAGUUGUAUACGAGGGCUCAGCUUAACCAACAUAUACACACUGGUGACUCUGAGGUUGAUGGAAGUGAGAGUGAAAGAGGAGGCUUUGCUGGUCAUCCUAUGUGUGAGUUCUGUAGGAAUCCUUUCUAUGGUGAUAAUGAGUUGUAUACUCACAUGACUACUGAGCAUUAUACCUGUCACAUUUGCCAAAGGUCGCAAACAGGGAAAUAUGAAUACUAUAAAAACUAUGAUGACUUGGAGCUUCACUUUCGUCGAGACCAUUUCCUUUGUGAGGACGACUCCUGCCUUUCAAAGAAGUUCAUUGUUUUCCCAAACGAAUCAGAGUUGAAAAGGCAUAACGCGAUAGAGCAUGGGGGUAGGAUGUCUCGUGCUCAGCGAACUGCUGCGUUACAGAUACCAACGAGUUUCCGAUAUAGUCGUGGAAAUGACCAAGAAAGUCGUCGUGGAAGACCUCGAUCAUUCCGUCGCGAACCUGGUGGUGGCGAUGAUAAUUAUAAUCGUGCAGUCAAUGCUGCUCUUCGUUUAUCUGAGGCUGAGUAUUCUAGGCAAGAGCCUCCUCCACCUUCAAGUGCACCACCACCUGGAUUCUCUGAGAACAACAACAGAGACAUGGAUGAUGGUGAUCCUCUUAUCCAACCAAUGGAAUCUCUUUCAACUACCGAUAUGGAGCCCUCUUCGCGAUAUCUUCAAGCUGUGGGCAGUUCUGGUGGUGGUGGUUCACGUCUGCAAGAAUCUGCUUUUCCUCCUCUUGCUGGUCAACCUAGAUCUGGACAGAACUUGGAGGGUUUGCCUACUAACACCUUGGCUGCUCGUCUGAGACGUCAAACAAAUCGAACUCCUAGCGCUACUGCUAUUGCUAGUCCUUCUCAAGCAUGGCCAGCGGUUAACCGAGCUUCCAAUACAAGUAGCGGUGGCAACCCUUCUUCCGGAUGGCCAGCAAUAGGUCGCGCACCUGUACAAGCAUCUAGCUCUUCAGCUCAAUCUAGGUCCCAUGCCAGAGUUGCUCAGCCCAGACCUCCUAAUUCACAGGCUGCUCGUAAUGGAAAUAUGAUUCCUCACUCAUCCUCAGCUCCUAAUCUAUCUGAUACAAGAUCACUUCAUUCAGAAUUUCCUCCUGUUUCUGCUGCUGCUCGCAAGACACCAUCAUCCACCAUCACACAGGGAACAUCAAACUCCCAACCACCACCUCCAGAUGUGCAAUCUGCUAACAAGUCAUUGGUUGAGCAAAUGCGAUCUGCACUUGGUCAUGAUGAAGAAUUGUUUAUGACCUUCAAAGAUGUAUCAGGACAGUAUCGUCAAGGUUCGAUUGAUGCAACAACUUACUUGGAGUAUGUGAAAGGUUAUGGAUUGUCUCACUUGGUUAUUGACCUUGCAAGACUCUGCCCUGACCCUAGAAGGCAGAAGGAACUCAUUGAUGCUCACACUGCCAGUUUGAGAAACAACGCAGCAAAGGAGAAUGGUCCAGCUGCUGCUCCAGGGCAGAGUUCGUCGUCUCAAGCUCAAGAGAGUAAGAAAAACAAAGGGAAAGCUGUGAAGGUUGCUGAUCCAAAAGAAGCAGUAGCAGAUAACUUUAUGGAGACAGUGAGGAGACUACAAUCCUCGCAGAAUUUUCAUGAAGAAGAAGAAGAAGAGGUUAUAUCGAAAGAUAAGAAUGCUUACAGGUCUGACAAAGGCAAAUCGAAAGUGGAGUCUACUUCAACCGGAAGUAAGCAGCAACGUAAGAAAACCUCAAAGUUUCACAGAGUACGGCUUGGUGACGGAUCAAUGGCAGCAUUGCUAAAUGUGAACUCCUCUUACCAUGAGCCUCAUGAACCAGAAUCAAAAGAUGACAAUAAUAAUAGUAGCCAGAAUCAAACCGGUGUACGUGGUGUUUGGCGUAAAGGAGGUGCACAACUUUUCUCCUAGAGAUUCAAGUCUCUCUUGGCUUCUUCUAGGAAGGUAUCAUGUACAAGCUUGACUGGCCGCACAUUUUUAUGUCAGUGGCAAGGAGAGCAUUUUUGAGUAAGUUUUAUGAAUGAUGGUCUCUCGUUUUGUUGCUUUUGUGUUUUUUUUCUUUGGUAUGUUUGGUAUUUUCUUGGUUUUUUUGGAGGGACUUAUUAGAAGAAGUGGAACUGUAACAAUUAAUAUAUUGUCAUAAGUUUAUAUUAUUAAAACAACAGUUUCUUUUUCUACA